AUGAGAAACAUAAUCUGAAUUCACCGCCAAAAGGUGUGACCUACACUCCAAAUAAGAUUGUUACUCCUGCAGAUGCUGCUGCUGUGCUGGCGGCUUCACUGGGACCUCCACUCAAAGACAAUUUCAUAAACUAUGAUAAUAGAAGAUUGCAUUAUCAAUCUUAUCCGUAUAAAUAUAAUAACGAAGAAAAGUCCAAAAGACAAUUAAGGCGUAGUCUCAGCUUUAAUCACUCAAAUCCUCAUCAAACAUCUACUAACCAAGUUAUUGAUGUUGCAGAAGUAUUAUCCGCAGCUGUUUCUUUUACAAGAGAAAAUAAUAGAAUAUUAGAUCGGCUUUCUGACGAAUUUAGAAGUGACAAUGAAAACGACAUGGAUUCGGAUGACAGUGACUCAUGGCAACAUUCUAGCAGGAGUGGAAGAGAGAUUGAAAAUGAGAUUGCAAAAUUGGCUAAUCAAUUGGAGAGUAUGAAACAAAAGUUUGAGAUGCAAAUCAUAUCAAAAAAUAGGUUAAUAGAGGAACUCGAAUAUGAACUAAAGAAGAGCGAGAAAAAAAAACGUAGCGAGAUUGAACUCAUGGACAAUCAGAUCAAGUCUCAAAUAAAAGCAAUAGAUGAGCUG